AUGUCAAAAGAAACAACAGCAAUGUCUAACCAAAUGAAACUCUCGCUGCAUACGAUACCUGUCGAGUUAGUGUAUCGAAUUUUGGACCAUUUAGAUGAGUUAACGAUUUUAUUAGCGUGCAGAAAUGUCUGUAUAAGACUCAAUGCCAUUACAAAUACGUACUAUCGAUAUCAGGUUUUCAAUACAGUUUACCUCGGAGGCAACCAAAUCGAUGCACAAAGAGUAAAACAUCUCGCCAAUGCUCUACUACAAAAUACAACACUCACUACACUUUACCUUCAAUAUAAUCAAAUUAAUUUACAAGGAGCUGAGUAUCUAAGCAAUGCUCUACUUCAUAACAAAACACUCGCCACACUUCAUCUCCAAUAUAAUCAAAUUGGUCCGCAAGGAAUAAGUCAUCUAGGCAAUGCUUUACUACAAAAUACAGCACUUACUACCCUUAAUCUUUCGAGCAAUCAAAUCGCUGAUGAAGGAGCUGAACAUCUAAGUAAUGCUCUACUUCAAAACAAAACUCUCACUACACUUGACCUUAGAGUCAAUCAAAUUACUUCACGAGGAACACAAUAUCUUGCCAAUGGUCUAUUGCAAAACAAAACACUCCUCACCCUUCAUCUUUCGUGGAACAAUAUUGGCGAUCAAGGUGCUGAAUAUCUAAGUCAUGCUCUAUUAGACUACAAAACACUUCUCACACUUGGUCUCGAAGGCAUUCAACUUGGUGAUCAAGGUGCUGAACAUUUAGCAAAUACUCUACUUCGAAACAAAACACUCACUACACUUCGUCUUAGAGAGAAUCAAAUCAGUAAUCGAGGAGCAGAACAUCUAGGCAAUGCUCUAUUAGACAACAAAACGUUCACCACACUUCACCUCAACUACAAUCAAAUUGAUGACGAAGGAAAACUAUAUCUCAAAGACAUACUCAAAAUGAAUUCGAAAAUAAAAGUAAGUUUGUAA